UGGGUUUAAAGUCGUCUAUAGACCGUUUGGUAAGAUGUUUCAUUCGUGAAACCUUAGACUCUAUAAAUCGUUUGGUAAGAUGUCAUUCGUGAAACCUCAGCACUUACCAACCUUACCAGAGAAGAGUAAAACGACAUUAUGCCAGCUCUUCCGUGUAGAUUCUUGUUUUAUCGCAAAAAAGGACGAAAAAUCCUAUAUUUUUGACAAUUGUCUGAAAAUACGAUUAGGUUCAGAGUAUUUCAACGUUGUCUUGUCUCUGUCAUUUGUCUAUCGCAAUUUCGCAUAAAAGCAAGCCUUGUAGGUGUAGAAGCAUCACACAAGAUUGUAGUGGAAGAUCGAAAACUGAGACUUCAGUCCUCAGAUACUUGAGUGUGUUUGAGAAAGAAGACUGUGAUAACAAUGGCUAAGGAUGAAGCCAAGGCAUCAGAUUUUUCCAAGGGAUUGCUGAAAAGUGAAGAGCUCUAUAAAUAUAUACUGGAGACCAGUGUGUACCCACGCGAGCCGGAGGUUCUCAAGGAGCUUAGGAACAUUACUCAUAACCACCCUCAAGCUGGGAUGGCUACUGCACCGGACGCUGGCCAGUUGAUGGGGAUGCUGCUUAAACUGGUAAAUGCAAGAAAGACUAUCGAGGUCGGGGUUUUCACUGGAUACUCUCUUCUCCUCACUGCUCUUACAUUACCAGAAGAUGGCAAGGUUAUUGCCAUUGAUGUGAAUAGAGACUCGUAUGAAAUAGGAUUGCCGGUUAUAAAGAAAGUUGGUGUUGAACACAAAAUUGAUUUCAGAGAGUCUGAAGCUCUUCCAGCCCUCGACGAGCUUUUAAACGAUCAGAAAGCGAAUGAGGGUGGGUUCGAUUUCGCAUUUGUGGAUGCAGACAAGGUGAACUAUUGGAACUACCAUGAGAGGCUUAUUAGACUGAUCAAGGUUGGUGGGAUAAUAGUGUAUGACAACACUCUCUGGGGAGGAUCAGUUGCUGAGCCAGACUCCUCCACGCCCGAGUGGAGAAUAGAAGUCAAGAAAGCAACCCUCGAGCUGAACAAGAAACUCUCGGCUGAUCAGCGUGUGCAGAUCUCGCAAGCUGCGCUUGGCGAUGGAAUCACUAUUUGCAGGAGAUUAUAUUGAGCUGUUCUGAGUGAUCUUUUGGGUCCUGUGAAUGUGAACCCUUUAUAUUGAGGUAUAGUGAUGCUAGAGUGUUUUGUUCUUUGAGAUCUUUUGGGUCCUCAGAAUGUCAUCUUUAUAUUGAGGUAUAGUGAUGCUAUAGUAGUGUUGUUCUUUGUGAUAUUUUGGGUCAUGUGAAUGUGAACCUUUUCUAUCAAGUUUGUGGAUUUCUUCCAAUUUCAAGAUUAUAAAAGUUACCAAGUAUUAA